AUGCCGCACUGUUACCCUCGACUUCCCUUCGAGCUUGUCGAGCGCAUCUGCCAGGAUGCUGUCGCGGCAAAUUCGUACGACUUGAACGUCGAGCAGCUCGGCAGGAGCGUCUCACUGGUCUGUCGGGAAUGGAAGGAAAUCGGCCAGGCGCUUGCGUUCAAGCAACCUGUGCUGGGGCGGUACUCGAAGCGGGGUGACUUAGCAGCCGUCCUGGUCGAGCACCUCGACCGGUACCCUCACCUGGCAGACCUCGUGCGGGUGCUGAAGGUGCAGUUCUCUUGGAACGCAACGGACGCUGCACUCCAGCCGCUGUGUCGACUCCUCGAACGAUGCCGCCAGGUGACCGAAGUCGUUUGGCACGACGAUAAGCUGAAGAUGGUCCCUGCGAUGCUACCCUUCUUCCCUCGCACUACCCUCACCUCACUGGACCUUGGAUCUCUGCACGGAAGCUGGGAUCCUGCACCGGUCUUGCGCUUUCUUCCGGAGUGUCUUCAACUCCGUCACCUGACUUUGCGUGCGGUCAAUCUUCCCGCCCACCCCGGCGCCCCGAUUUCCGCCCCAUCCGGCGUCCCUGCUCUUCCGCUUCGCACCUUGACCCUCGAGUUCAACGGUUACAACGACCAGCGUCGACUCAGACCUCCCCCCUCGUUCGCUCGCAUAGAAGCCAUCGUCGUCCAGCGCUUCUUCCGCCUGAUCGAACCUACAACUCUUACAUCCUUCGCGAUUUCGUUCCACACCCGCAACUUUGGCGGCGUGAGCAAGUGGAUCAGCGCAUGCGUCAACCUUCGCAGCCUUGUCGCAUGGAUGCAGGACGGCGACUUGACACCCUACACGUCCCGUCUCACCUCAAUGAUUGUCCCUCUGAGGCAAAUGCGACGUCUCGAGCUGUACGGCGAUAGGAGCGUGCAGUAUCGUUCCAAUUUGUCCGAAGGAGAAGAAAACCUUCACGCCGUCUGCUUGUCUGCCUUCCUCGACUUGCUGCCGACAACGCUCGUCACGUUCAACGUUGCCAUCUGGGCACCAGCAGGAGAUUGCUGCGGCAUUUUCAAGGCGUUCUUAAGGUGCCGCCUAUACAACUCGCCUUUGCUCGCCGCCACGAUUGACUCGGCAGCGGGUCGCUGGGAUCGCAUAUCGGUCACAGCAAACAAGCAACGGCUCACAUCUCAAGAUGGCAGGCGUCGACGGACGUGGUCAAAUGUUGGCGAGUACGAAGGGACGAUUAGGCGGACUACUCCGCCUUCCGAGCUGGCUUGCGAACCUGCAGAGGACGUCUGGCCGUUUGCAGCAUCCAGGAGGGAGCGGGUCAGUGCGCGCUGGCUUAUGAGCUACCGCUUCUGGGCAGGCUACUGCGAGACUUGCUAUGAGUCGGAUGACGGGAGCUGGGAGCUAGAUCGCGGGCAGCAGGAUCGGUCAUGGUGGUGGAGGGACUCGGAGAAGGAGAGGCUGUAG